GACGUGUGCAUGUGUGCGUCUGCUCUUUAUAUACAGCUAAGAAUACGCAUACGCUCACAUCUACAGUACUCUGAUAUUCUGAGAGAUCAGACCAAGUCAUGUUGUUCUUCCACGGAUCUGAGCAAGCGCCGAGGCUUUUCCUGGCGAUGUGUGUAUGGGGAUUCUUCCUUCAGCCAGCAGAACAGUUCCCGGUUGGAGAGGGUUUCAAUCUGCUGCUGUAUCCGUUAUCUGUGAUGGGGCCGUAUGGAUCUCACACCGUUCUGAUACCAGCGACCGGGACAGAGCAGAACACACAGCGCAGCCAAACUCCACAGGCAAACAGCAGCAAGAUCAGCGCUCAUAGUGAGUCCAAGCCAUUACAUGCAAACAGUGGGUUUCUCCAGCCAGACCCUGCCCCUGACUCCGCCCCUAGUCCCACCCAUCUCCCGUCUGAAUCUUUGCCUUUGCAGGGGCAGUUUCAGAUGUCACAUUUUGUCCCCUCAAAUGUCCCUCUGCAGUCAGACUCGGGCAGUUCAGAGGAAGAAGCCGCUGCUCAGGUGAUCUAUAUGGUUCCCAUCAGCGUGGGUUCACCCAGCAUGGGUGUGAUGGAGGGCACGGGGCCCAAUCCUGGCCCUGGACCCCUGCAGUUCAUGGGCAGCACCACUCCUGCUGCGGCGCAGCUGGACGCUCGGGGACAGCGGGCACAGACAGAGACGCUCGCUCCAGGAGUCCUCUGACCACAGGACAACACUCGCUGAUUCACUGAUGCCGUCUGUACUGAUUUCUAAAAUAACUUUGGUUGUAAUUACGGUAUUUUCCGGACUAUAAGUCACACUUUUUUUUCAUAGUUUGGCUGGUUCUGCGACUUAUAUUCAG